AUGCCACUCAAAAGAGAAUACAUCCCGCUCCUUGAUGAUGAUGAUGAUGAUGAUGAUCUUGAGAAAGCUAGCACCAAGCAAAAGAAGCAGAAAACAACUUCGUGUCCUCGAAAAGAGCGUAAGCCAUGGACCGAAUCAGAAGAGAAUCAACUUCGACAAGCAAUCAACAAUAUCGUUAAGAGAAACCUUUGGAACGAAGUUAAGACCAAUCCUGAAUUGGUCAAAAGAGGUGCUGACGGGGUGAACAAUCACUGGACUGCUAUAUACAAAAAGUGGAGAUCUUGA